AAACGUUAGAAGUGGAUCGACAGCCUAACCAACGGUCAAUCAGUUGGCGGUUAGCUUUGGUGUAGGAAAGUGCUUACACAUCUCGGAAGGUCAUACAGAAUCCUCAUCUUCGCUUGGUUUGGCGAAUCAGUUUUCAUCAUUCGUUCAACGUGGACACAUUUCUCAGGAGUUCGAUAUCUUGAGAAAUCCGAUUUUAAUUGUGUGCCUUUGUCGGUGUUUUAUAACCACGGAAGAAAGUGUGUAAUCGAUUGAGAAUUUAUCCUUCGACUGCUUAUUCUAGAUCGGUAGCAUCAAAUAUUGCUGGUCACGAGAUCCAUUAUUUAACGGCGUUACUUGCUUAAAGCGACCUUGACGGGUCGUGUGAAUCACAUCGCGGAAAGCCAUUAACAUUGAAGUGAGUGAGAAAUAUUUAAAUUAGCAGCGAUUGUUGUGCUCCCACUAUACUGUUCAAACGAUCAGUGUUAAAUUCAACGGUGCCAAGUGCAGGCUGUCUAGUGGCGAUCUAGAGUAUGCAACAGUGAACAGUGAAGUACGUAACAAUUGAAGUGAAAUGGCUAUAUACGAUCGAUGUGUGAAAGUGCCCAAAAAUAAACUGAAAGCAUGUGCAAUUUGCAUGUUGCUUUGCAUAGCUAGUCUGCCUGAGCUGAGUGAAGCACGAAAAGUAGUUUCAAGUGGGCGUGUUACAAAACCUACCGCAAAUCGGGGCUAUGCUAAUCCGGAUGUUGCCAAGCUGAGUUACUCACCGAAUCAUGCUGCAGCGCCCAAGCCACCGGCACCGGCACCCGCACCAGUUCAACAACCAGCAAGUCCUCCCAUCGGUUGGAACGUUCCACAAAAUGCUCCGCCACCAUACUCGACGCACUCGAAUCACGGCCCACCACCGCCGUAUGCUUCGCAAGCUAAUCCAAAUCUGAACUCAAGAUUUAAUGAACCUCCACCAUCAUACGCUCAAGCUAACCAAGGAUUUCAACAAGCUCCCAAUUUCCAAAGUAGUGGUGUACCUCAGCCUGCGUAUGGCUAUCAUCCUCAACCUGCUCAAGGUUUCCCAGCAGCGCAGCCUGGUGGUUACCCCGGAAGUUAUCAACCAGCUGGCGGCUUCGCACCGGCUGGUGGAUUCCCACAGACUGGGGGAUUCCCACCGGCUGGCGGAUUUCCACAACAACCUGGUUAUCAACCUCCGGUUGGCGGCUUCCAACAACCGGGCACAGUCAUUCAUCAUUACGAACAGCCUUCUUCUGGAGGUAGCGGAAUAGGAACGGUUCUUGGUGCUGGAGUUGCUGGUUUGGCUGCCGGUGCCGGUGGUGCUGCUCUAUACGAUGCUCUUAAGCCCAAAGACUCUAAAGAAGCUGCACCAGCGGUCACUGAAGCUACCACAACGACAACCACAACAACUCUGGCACCAAUAAAUCCAAAUGGAGAUGCUCCACUUGCCCCAAUUGCUGCGAAUCCAAACGGCGAUGUGUCCCUGGCGCCAAUGCCAGCGGAAACAUCGACGACUUCAACCACAGCCCAUAGUACCUCCUCGGAUGCUCCCGUUAGCACAGCGGCUGUAGAAGUUCCGAAUGCCGCUCUGAGUGUCGAGCCUAACCAAGCAGUACCAUUGGCACCGUUUACGGUAGCUGAGAAUGGCACCUCAACGACCGUCUUGGCAGAGGAAACGACCACAACAACAACGGGCACCACCAUUCAACCGAUGGCGGCCGCAGCUGGUGAACCUACGAGUGCUCCCCAGCAUGCCGCAGAACCAGCCGCCGGCAGUGCUCGAGACGUACGUUUUUCCAGUUUCCUCCUUGUGAUCCCAGCGCUGUGUCGGUUUUUGCUUUGGUAAGCAGCGAAAAUGCUUGUGAUUAAUCUGUGGUUUUGAGAAAGGAUCGAUGAUUGUGAAUCAUUCCGAAAAUCAGGCUGAUUUAUUUCAUAAAAAAAAAGAAUAAGAACAUUAAAUGUUUUCCUUCGUUUUGUAGUAAACUGGCUUUGUACAAGUAUUGGUGAACACGUUGCCAUUCAAAUAGCAUAGUUGCAAGUUUUAAGAAAUAAACCAUACCUAUGUUGAUAGGAAACGACACGUAAC